AUGAAUGUAAGCAGAACCAAGACAUCUAAACGCACACAGAGACGAUUCAGUGUCUAUCAACAGCAAUCACCAAAAUCAACAGAACAGCAACAGCAGAAACUAAAACAGGAGAAACUGCAGCAACAGCAGGACCAGCAGCAGCAACUCUCACAAGAACAGGUACAAGAUCAAAAAGAUCAAUAUGAAGAAAAAGAGCUAAAGCAAGAACAAAAACAAAUCGAACAGGAACAAGAACAAAAUCUAGAUGUGGAACAGAAGCUGAACCCAGAUGAUGACCAGGAGCAAGAGCAAACUGAAGAUCCACAGCUGAAAACAGAGCCAUCCCAGGCAGCCAAAAUGGAAUCAAAAGAUACACAAACAAGAAAGGAGCAGAAUUUCUGGUACUGGCUCCCUCACCUCACUGACAAUUCUCCGUGGGAAUGUCUUGUCAAGGGUAAAGGCCAAGAAAUUUUAGAAACAGUUUUCAGCAGUACAUCAGGAUCUCAGUAUACAAAGUUUACACGCCGACACAGAGAUACUGAGCAAACUACAGAAACUGCACAGCACAGCACACAUGGCCAAACCACUCCAACUCAGCCUCGCACCCAAAGUUCAAAUCCAUCUCAUGAAGCCAGACCAACAGGAAUGCAGCACAGGCCUGAUACCUCAGCAGGAUGUAGCAAUAAUGUUCCAGGAACAAGAAAUGUUUCUCAAAGUGGACCGUCUCAUGGAGGAAUGACAGAUCCAUAUCCAUCUCAUGAAGCCAGACCAACAGGAAUGCAGCACAGGCCUGGUACCUCAGCAGGAUGUAGCAAUAAUGUUCCAGGAACAAGAAAUGUUUCUCAAAGUGGACCGUCUCAUGGAGGAAUGACAGAUCCAUAUCCAUCUCAUGAAGCCAGACCAACAGGAAUGCAGCACAGGCCUGGUACCUCAGCAGGAUGUAGCAAUAAUGUUCCAGGAACAAGAAAUGUUUCUCUAAGUGGACCAUCUCCUGGAGGAAUGACAGAUCCACGUAUGUUUCUUCCAUUAAUGCAGGCAGCUCGCAGUAUGGGUUUUGAUCCUAACAUGUUUUCUCGUUUGGGGUUAUCUGCUCCUGCACAAAAUCCAGCGGCUCCAGAGGGAUCACAACGUCUACCAAAUAUUAAUUUCCUGCCACCAACACCAUCAUCACUAGAGUCUAGUCUAAAUGAGACACUGAAUAUUAUCCAGGAAAUUAUUGCAGGGACUGUUGCUCUGUGUCGCCAGCGGCCAGAGCUAACAGUAGGUCAAAUGAAAAGAAAAAUUAGAGGAUUGUUUCAUCAGAUGCUUACUGAACCUGCCAACAAACCUCAGCAGUAAGUGAAGGAGGUGCCAUAAUGACAAUACUCUAUUUAAGAUCAUGUGGGAAAUUUUGAAAGCUCAAGU